GGCGGGGGCGGGGCCCUUGCAGGUCGGUUCCGCAGAGCCCUGCAGGUGCGCCGAGCCGGGCCUCGUGAGACGUCUAAUCCCGGGAACGCCUCGUAGAGCCCCGGCUCGGGAGCGCCGUCGCCAGAGUGGCCAGCAGGAAUCCCAUUAGGGCCACCUUCUCAGCGGGUUCUCUGGUCUGGUGGCUCAUCCUGCCUCUGUGGCCCCAACAUUCCAGAAUAAAUGAAGACCUGUGGAACAUACCAGCAGCUGAAGAUCCUGCAGAGCACUGAGGAAGAGCAGGGCCCUGCUGCCCGGCUGCCCCCUCUUCAGGGCUUCCGCUGCAUCUUGGUGAUGGCCAUAAUGGGAACCCUGCUGGUGGCUGCCCUCCUGGUUUGCACCUCCCUCCUCCCCUUCCAUGGUUCAACUCAAGGAGGAAAUGUGAUGACUUCUUCCUACCUGGAUGACACUUGCACUGAUCCCUGCAGGAUCAUGCUGGUGGAAAGCAUCCCCGAAGGGCUGGUGUAUGAGGAUAACAGCACCACUAGUCCCUCCACCUUUGAGGCCUGGUGGAAUCUUCUGGCUAAUGCCAGAAGCACUGUGAACAUUGCAUCUUUCUACUGGUCCCUCCAAAACAAAGACACACAUACUUGGGAUCCCUCGGCCAUCCAGGGGGAAGAAAUCCUGGCAGAGUUGCUGAAACUAUCCAAGAGAGGCAUCACUACACGGAUUGCUGUCAAUCCCCCUUCCACCAGCCUGCCCAGCAUGGACCUCUGGUCUCUUGAACAGAGCGGAGCUCAGGUUCACAUAGUAGAUCUUCCAAAGCUGACGUCUGGAGUCCUUCACACCAAAUUCUGGAUUGUGGACCAGAUGCACAUCUACCUCGGGAGUGCAAACAUGGACUGGCGAGCCCUCACACAGGUGAAGGAGCUGGGCAUAGCUGUCUACAACUGCAGCUGCCUGGCCCAGGACUUGGGCAAGCUGUUUGAAGUAUAUUGGGCCCUCGGAUGGCCUAACGCCACCAUCCCCUCCCCGUGGCCUGCCAACUUCUCCACCCCCUACAACAAGGAGGCACCCCUGGGCCUGAAACUGAACGGCACGGAUGCUGCGGUGUACCUGUCGAGCUCUCCCCCAGCUCUGUGCGCCACGGGGCGGACUGGAGACCUCGAGGCUUUGCUGAGCGUCAUCGACAGGGCCCAGAAGUUUGUCUACGUGGCUGUGAUGAGCUACUUGCCCAUCAUGGAGUUCUCGCAUGGCAGGAGGUUCUGGCCAGUGAUCGAUGACCACCUGCGGAAGGCGGCCUAUGAGAGGAGAAUCCGUGUCCGCCUCCUGGUUGGCUGCUGGAAACACUCCAAGGCCACCAUGUUUCCCUUCCUGCGGUCACUGGCAGCCAUGCGGGACAAUCGCACCCACUGCAGCGUGGAAGUGAGACUCUUUGUGGUCCCAGCAAAUGAGACACAAGCCAAGAUCCCCUAUGCCCGGGUGAAUCACAACAAGUAUAUGGUGUCAGACCAAGUGGCGUAUAUUGGCACAUCUAACUGGUCUGGGGACUACUUUGUCCACACAGCCAGGUCUGCUCUGGUGGUCAAUCAGAGCCAGGUGGAGGCUGGGGACCAACCAACUGUCCGUCAUCAGCUGGAGGCUGUAUUUGAACGGGACUGGAACUCGCGCUACAGCCGGGAACUGAACUUGCUGAGCCAGUCAGAGGAUCUCUGUGGGGGCCACUGACCCAAGGUGCCCAGCCAGAGCUGGACUUCCUGGAGAACCAGGCCUCUCAGUGCUGAUACUUCCCUGGGGCAAAACAUUGAGCAAGAGGAGCAGAGAGCCAUCUUCUUUCUUCCUCAUCUUCCUUACCCUGCAGUGUUUCCAGACUCUGAAAAGCAGAGAGCUCAGCCUGCUGAGGGGCAGAGAAGGGAGGUGCCCUGCUGAGCUGACCGCAGUUCUCCCAAAGGAUUUUGUUGCGGGGGUGGGGGCUGCUCUGCUUUUGAAUCAAAUUCAGCAAAAUAUUCUUUCAGGGGUGGGGAGGGGAGUCCUGUCUCUCUCUCCCCCUGUUUUCAACAGGCACAUAAAGAACAGGUAUAGAGGCAGAUGGGGGGGGGGGGGGCAAAGUUGGCCAUAUUUCCUGGCCAGAAGACCCAGCGGCAGAACUGCCCACUGACCACUGGGGCUCUGCCUUUUCCUCUCCUCACCCAGCCCACAAAACUUUAACUUAUAACAAAUAGUAACUAAUAAUAAACAAGUGCCUGGGGUGGGGGGUGGAAUUAAAUGAAGCUCAGCCUGCCCUCUUUCUAUGAAACUUGUGUUGAAGGCAAAAGGGUGGUGGGGGGGAGGGAAGUGCCCCGUCUGCCUACUGAGGACCAGGAUUGGACCACAAUGGGCCACGGUGGGGGAGGAUCUCAGUACUGGUGGCUGUUAGGAAUCAGGGCUAAUAUGUGGGCACAGAGGUGCACUGCUGGACUUUAAGAAUGUUUCCCGAGGAGUCCUGCUGCACCUGCUCACGGCAAUCCAUGCAGUGGUCGAGGAGAACUUUUAAAAAAGUCUCGAAGCCCUCCCUACAAUUCUUUUUUUACCCCCCAGCUUUGGAAGUGUGAUAGAUGAACCGGUUUUGCCUUUAAAUUCCCCAUUGUAGCAAUUACAGUGGUGAGUUCCUGGGCUGUAUUAUCUAUGGAACAGGAGCACAUGCAUGCUCUACAAUAAAUUAUUUAAUUGGUGGCCUCCCA